AGCUUAUUGACCUUGGGAGGUUUCAAGUAUUCUUCCAGGAUAUCACUGAUUUCAUCUAAAUGUUAGAAAAGUCUAUAGAGGGAUCUCAAAGAUUUGCGCGUGGUGAAGAGCAUGGCAGAGAUACAAAGGAAAAAAAAAUCAGUUUUAUUUUGAAGCAUUUCACAUUCAAAGAGUGCAUAAAGUUUGUUGCAGAUCCACAGUAUGCAACUGAAACCAAACCAAGUGAUCGUUGUUAUUGCGGAGAUUAUAGACUUGACCAUUAUUUUCAUGAGCAGAAACGUUCAGAAACGGGCGAUAAAGAAUGGUCUGAGUCUGAAUGUUUAGAAGUGGUUGGUCCGUCAAAUGCUUUCGGACAGAUAGAGUUCAUAACAGAGUCUACUUCCAACCACAAGCCCACUGAGUUUGUACGUAUCUCAGAUGAAGAUAAAUUAGAAGAUGUAAUGAUAUUGAUGAAAAAUUACUGGAAAAUGAUGGAACCAGAAAAACCUAGUUUAUGUAUUUCUGUUAUUGGUGGAGCAAAAAAUUUUGUCCUCGAAGGACAUAAAAAAGAAGUUUUUUAUUCUGGUUUAGUUCAAGCAGCACAAACAACUCGAGCUUGGAUUGUAACAUCAGGUUUAAAUUUAGGAAUUAUACGAGUGGUUGGCGAUGCAUUGCAAGAACAAUCAUACAGUACGGACAAAAGAAUGUUGUCUCAACAAUUAAGAUGUAUUGGUAUUGCUCCAUGGGGUUAUGUACUGAAUCGUAAUACUCUGGUCGCUAACAGUUAUGAAGAUCAUUUUCAUCCGAUACCUUAUACAGUGUCCACUGUUAUUGAAACAGGACAACCUGUUUCCUUAAAUCAAAAUCAUACCCAUUAUAUUUUUGUGGAUGAAGGUAAACGUUUAAGAUAUGGUGGAUGUGAAUCAGCUCGAUUUCGUGCAAGGCUGGAAAAACAAAUAGCUCUUCCAGAAGAAGCUGGUGGUUUUGGCAUUCCGGUUGUCCUAGUAAUUGUAGAAGGUGGUCAUGAUGUGUUUAUUGAUGCACGAAAUAGUAUUAAAGAACGUGUACCGGUUGUAAUAUGUUCUGGUACUGGGAGAGCAGCUGACAUUCUAGAUAUGGCAUUUAAUUUUCGACUUAAACAUCAUCAAUUUACAUCAUUUACCGAAAGAGAAUGUUCAAUACUAAGUCAAAAGUUGAAAAUUGUUUCUGGUAAAAAUAAAGUUGAAGCUGCAUUGAAAAUGAUUCAAUUUAUUGUACAAGAUACAAAAUUAAUUACAACUUUUGAUAUGAAUAAAUCAGAUGAUUUAGAUUUAGCUAUUCUAUUUGCAUUAAUUAAAACUUCUUCAGAAUUAGAUAAACAAUUAAGAUUAGCAUUAACAUGGGAUAGAAGUGAUAUUGCUGAAGCAAAAAUAUUUCGUCAAGGAAAACAAGUUAAACCAGAAAUUUUAGAACCAAUUAUGAUGGAAGCUCUACUAAGAAAUAAAACUGAUUUUGUAAGAAUUUUAUUACAAAAUGGUGUUGUAAUGCGUCAGUUCCUGACAUUUGAACGUUUACAUCGUCUAUACAAUGAAUCAACGCAGUCAAAUGAUUUAAUACGAUGUUUAAAAAAUUAUAAACUACUGACUAGUGAACAUUUAACAGUAUCGAGUACUAAACUCCAUUUACCAGUUAUGAUGAAUAAUGAAAUGACUGGUGAAACAGAACAAUCAUUCACACCUCCAAGUAGAAUAUAUUUGUCUACUAUAUGCAAAUUGUUACGUCGUAUGCUUGGAAGGUAUACCAAUAAAAUAUAUGAUAUGGACACAGAGCUAUUACAUGGUCUAAGGGCUGACUGGAAUCGAGUAAGUAAGCUAACGUUUGUUUCGCCAUUUCAGGAAUUAUUUUUGUGGGCUAUACUUUAUCAACGUCAUAAAAUGGCUUUAUAUUUUUGGGAACGAAGCGAAGAUUCAUUGACACUAGCUUUGAUUGCUUGUUGUCUGUAUACAGAUAUGAUUAAACUAUUACCAACUUAUGAUACAGAAGGCAAAACGAAGUAUGAAACUUAUGUGGAAGAAUUUGAAAGUUUAGCGAUUGGUGUAUUAGAGGAGUGCAAUGGAAUUGACCCGGAAUUCACAUUGUAUUUGGUUGAAGGUGAAUCAUCAUUAUGGGGUGGUUUCAAUUGUCUUCAACUUGCCGCUCAAUCUGUUCGACGUAAAUUUAUUAGUUCUCAAGCCUGUCAAAACUCUUUGGAUUUCGCAUGGUGUCAUGGUAUGCGUGCCAAUAUGUUGAUAACGUCUGCCAUCUUGAUUUUACCAUUUUUAUUGUACUUCGAUCAUAUUUUGUCAUGGGAAGAUAAACGUCCACAUGUCAGUGUAAAUUAUAAUCAUCGAAGUGUAACUAGAUCUACUAAAAAUGCAGGUGAUGUGCUGGAUCAAGAGAGUAUUUCUCAUCAACAUUCCAAACAUUCAGCACCUGUUCAAAGAAAUUUUAAAGAAAAAAUUAAAAUGUUUUAUACUGCACCAAAAACCAAAUUUUGUCUUUACACGAUGGUCUAUGUGAUAUUUCUGCUAUUCUUUUCGUACACUUUAUUAUUCAGUACUAUACCGGAUCAAAUCACUAUACAUGAAGGUUUUAUAAUGGCCUAUUUUAUAGCUAUGAUAAUAGAUAUAAUUAGACAGAUAUUUUUAUCACCUGGGGAUGGGCCUAAAAAGAUAGCAACUUGGUGGGAUCAAUACGAAUGGGGUCGGUCGGAACUCUUCGUUAUUUUGCUAGCGCUUUUAAGCAUGUUUCUACGUAUUGGAUUGAAUACAACAUUUAUUUAUUCUAAAACAUUUUAUGUGUUGACAUUAAUUACAUGCUACAUUCGCUUAUAUGGUUUAUAUUCUUAUCAUCCGAAUUUGGGUCCGAAACUAGUCAUGAUAAGGAGUAUGCUUGAAGAAUUGAUUUCAUUUAUAUUCAUAUUGAUUGUUGUCUUCUUAGCUUAUGGAAUUUCUUUACAUGUCUUACUCUAUCCUUAUCGUCAUGAAUUUUCAUGGAGCGAUGUUCGUGAUGUUCUGUAUUAUCCAUAUUGGAAUUUAUAUGGUGAAUUAUCAUUAGAUUAUACUUUUGCUAAGAAUGAUACUUGUGGAACCAAUGCAGAUGGAAUAAAUUGUCCGAAAUAUCAUUUCUUGUGUCCUCUGUUUCUGGCUAUGUAUCUAAUGAUUGCUGGGACUCUACUUAUUAAUCUGUUAAUCGCUAUUUUCAGUAACGUUUUUAACGAAAUUGAAUUUCAUUCGAUUGAAUUAUGGAAGUAUAAUAUGUUCUUUAUGGUUGUUGAAUUUAAUAAGAAACCGAUUGUCCCAGUACCAUUAUCAGCAGUUCAAGCUUUAAUAGAACUUAUUCUAUAUUGUACCAAAAUGUCAAAAGUAAGCAAAAAGAAUGUAAAAAGUCCCCGUUCAAGUGCAUCAGGGAAUUUGAAAUUUAUUGUUAAAAGUGAAACAGAAGAUGAAAGAGAUGACGGAGCGAAACUAUUCAAAUUUACAGAACGUGGUAACCGACGUCCUAGUUUAGGGCCUACUGUAUCUUUUUCUCAGUUGUCACCAAAUCAUGCAGAUAUUGGUUUAAUGGAGUCAGUUAUACCCGAAUCUUUACAGCAUAAUUGUAAAGAACAAGAAGCUGAAGACAAUGAUGAUGAAGAUGAUUUACGCAGAGUCAGAGUCUUUGAAGCGAACUGUAAACGGAACAUCUUGAAAAAAAUGAAGCUCGAUCGUGAGAAAACAAUUGAGGCUGGAAUACGUCAACUUAAAGCUCGCCUUGAAGAGAUGUUUAGCAGUUUAAUGAGUGUUGGUGAAAAAGUUGAAUCAGUGUCAAGAGACAUUGAAUUUUUCAGUUCAGCUAGUGAAAUCAAAAGUACAGAAAAGUCAACUGAAUCUACCAAUAUAAAUGUACAGGUUGUAACAGAACCUCAGAAAUUACACACUGAAACACCAGUUAUAUCAAUUAACGAUCAGAUUUCAACUGUUUUACAACAACAUCCAGUAGAAACAAGUAAAUUAAAUCCUGUUGAAUAUCCUGAAGUUGGUAGUAGUGAAUCAGAAAUGGAACUUAUUUUUGAUGUAUCAGAGCCACCAGAAGUUCUUCCAGUUUCUAGUCAAUUAAGAAAAUCAAGUCGAAUCAGUCCUUCAUCAAAUAUUUUACUGAACGUAGAAAAUAAUAUUAAUGACAACUACAUAUUUUAUGAUAAGUUGUCUUAAUCUGGAUGUUAACUGCAGAACUGUAUUAAGUGUAAGGAGCACCACUCAUACAGGUAAAUGUGCAAUGUUUGCAAUUCUAUUAUUGAUAUCACCUACUAAGGGUUAAUUCGUUUUUCAUGUUAUGGUUGAGAUUGCCGCAAUCGUAUUAUUACUAUCAGUGUUACGUCACAACUAUUUUCACUUCCAACUGUUUCUGAGUUAGGAAACUGUUUUGCUUACAGUACCAAGGACUUUAUCAUGUGUUAAAUAUUCAGUUGUUAGCAUCGAGCUAAAUUAUCAUUAUUGCUUUUCUGAAUGCUACCUUCAAAUUCACUGUAAUUGUAUACUUCCAUUAAAGUUUGUUUUAACUUGAAAGAUUUUUAAAAAUAAAGAAUAUUUCACUG